CGUACAUCCGGGUACCUGUCAUUGCAUAGGGAAAAUGGCAGCGACUUGUGGCUCCAGCUCGACUGAGUCGCUUAAUUUAGGGCCUCAGGAUUCCACGGAUCGCCUAAAAUUGCUUUACCCAGCUGUAAACGAAGAAGAAUAUCCCCUUCCUAGAUCGUGGAGUCAGAAGGACAGAUAUAACUACAUAGGGUUGUCACAAAACAAUCUCCGAGUCCAUUACAAAGGUAUUGGAAAGACACACAAGGAUGCUGCAAGUGUACGGGCCAUCCAUCCCAUCCCAGCCUCCUGUGGAAUCUACUACUUCGAGGUGAAGAUCAUCAGUAAAGGAAGAGAUGGGUACAUGGGGAUAGGCUUGGCUGCUCAAGGUGUAAAUAUGAACCGACUUCCAGGCUGGGACAAGAGCUCAUAUGGUUACCAUGGAGAUGACGGGCAUUCCUUCUGUUCCUCUGGAACUGGACAGCCUUAUGGACCGACCUUUACAACAGGCGAUGUGAUUGGCUGCUGUGUGAACCUCAUUGACAAUAGCUGCUUCUACACCAAAAAUGGUGUUCAUCUAGGCGUUGCCUUCACAGAUCUACCACAAAAUCUAUACCCAACAGUGGGGCUUCAAAGUCCCGGGGAGGUAGUGGAGGCCAACUUUGGUCAAGCCCCGUUUGCCUAUGACAUUGAGGACUACAUGAGGGAGUGGCACAUGAAGACAAGACUUACCAUUGAACGGUUCCCAGUGAAUGAUAAACGUGGAGAAUGGCAAACAGCCUUACAGAGAAUUGUGUCAACCUACCUGGUCCAUCAUGGGUACUGUGCUACAGCUGAAGCCUUCGCCAAAUCUACAGGACAAUCCUUCGAUGAAGAGCUUGCCUCUAUGAAAAACAGACAAAGAAUACAGAAGCUAGUUUUAGCAGGAAGGAUGGGAGAAGCUAUAGAAAACACAACACAACUGUAUCCAGGUCUUUUAGAACACAACUUAAAUUUAUUGUUUAUGUUGAAGUGUAGACAAUUCAUAGAGAUGGUGAAUGGUACAGACAGUGAAGUGCGUGGUAAUGCAAUACGCAGCCCUAAGUCACGUCAUGGAAGUGGCAGCAACAGGUCUAGCCCCAGCCUUAGUCCUGUUCACCACACAAACUCACAUUCACAACGGAACACACCAGUGGGGUCAAGGGGCAGCAGUCCCAACAGACCUAUAGGGGUGAAAGGUCAUAGUUCAGUGUCGGGAUCAGCAAGUGCAGGUCAAAACAACUCUCAGCCCCACCCCAACAUAACGUCACAGCAACCAACACAACCACAGACAAUGAAUAACACCAACAGUGAUCUCAAAACUAUAUCCGAGGAGGAGAUGAAUGCCGCAAACAUUGCAAUAAACGGCAAUUCCAACUCGAGAUUGAUUGAUGAUAGUGACGAUGUUGAGAUGAUCGAUGGACUUGUGAAUGAUCACCAUGACUUGAAUAACAAAGUUGUGACAAAUGGAACGUUGGAGAGCAAUGGCAAUACCAAUGGACUCUACCUUAAUGGGAACAGUGAUGGUGGUGAUCACGAGCACUGUAGGAUGGAGGAUAUGGACAUAGAUGGCCCGUCGGGAAGAAGACAGCUGUGUGGGGGUAGUCAGGUAGCCGUGGAAAAAAUGUUACAAUUUGGUAAAGAACUUCAGGCAAUGAGUCAGCAACUAAAACGACAGUAUGGCAAAAAUGAAGGCAACAAAAAAGCAUUACAGGACGCCUUCAGCCUCCUAGCCUACUCUGACCCCUGGAACAGUCCUAUGGGGUACCAACUGGAUCCUGUGCAGAGAGAAGCAGUUUGUGCUGCUCUCAACAGUGCUAUACUAGAAUCCAAUGGCCUUCCAAAGCAGCCUCCUCUUGAACUUGUGAUAGCCCAAUCCACAGAAUGUAUGAAGCUCAUGUCAAAGUCUGGUAUUGGGUCCUCAGCAUUUGCUAGCCUGAAAGACUACCUUCAUUGACCUUCAGUGCCUCAUUAUCUAGCUGACCUUUGAACUUUCAUCAGUAAUUUGUCCAUGGACCAAAUUGGUGAUCAGAAAACGAUUCAGUUGAUAUGUUGAAUCAACUGGAUAAAUGACAGUUUUAUCAUUCAAUAGUUUUUAUAUCAAAAUACAUUUAGACACAUAUGUUUGUCAUGGUAAGUUGUGGUCUUGUUCUUUGAGAGCCAUUUUCUUACAGACUGGAUACAAGUAUUGAUAAAUGAUUUUCCGACAAUUGCCUGUUAUGUCUGUAAGUUGUGUCUGCCAGGCUGUGUCUGAGGUGUAACCAUCCCUCCUUACAGUGAUAAGAUAUACUACAAAGGCUGUGAGAUUUUUACCAAGGUAGUACUUGAAAAUUAUAUGUAUGCGAAUUAUACUUAAAAUGUGAACAAAAGUUAAACUACAUUACUGUGUGCUGAGGUACAAACCAUCUGUGCAAUGUUGAAACUGAAGUAUGAAUUGUUGUAUGCCUGGACAUCUGAGACAGUCAAAAAGAUACACUCUGGUGUACAGAAACUCCAUUUUACCUUAUUAUAGGUAUAAAUCUAUUACCUCUGUUGGUAUGGCUAAUCCUUCUCUAUACAAACUUUCCAUUUUAGGCCAUGAACCUGGUUAUUUUCAUACAAACUUACAAAAUUAGGAGGAACCCUGUAUUUUCCUGAAUCGAAAAGUACAGAACUUGUCACUGUAAAUUUCCGCAUGACUGAAUUGACGUGAAUGUCAAUAUAGGCGAUACUGAUCCCUAUGACUUCUUCUCUUGUGUAAGCAUUGGGGCAAUAUAUCCUAUCUAUUCCCUGUGUAUUUGUUGGUGAGAUAUAAAGGACAAUGUAGAACUGGCCUAUUCAUUUUCUGACGGUUGUUCAGUAUUAAACAGUUUUGUCCUGUUGUGUAGAUAUUUUGAUAAAGAUGAGAGUAGAGAAUGAUUUGGACCAUCUUCUAUGAAACACAAAAUGUGCAAAACUUAAAGACAUUAUCCUGUUAUGAUAUGGUUAAUAUGCACUUGUGACAGUCUUAUUGCCAGAUGGAAACAUUUCCUAAUAACUGCAGGUUAAAGGCGUGUGGGACUGUGAAGUGUUGGUGAAAUAUGGUUCAGAUUUUCUGCAGAGAUGAUAUUUAGGAUUUAUGCCAUCAUUAUCUUAUAUAAAGGAGCUAGAUAGAUACAAAGGUCAACCCACAGGAUUGGAAUUUUAUCUUACAGUCCUGAGGAUUGAGAUUUUAUGUCCGACAGUCAAAAUUUGGAAUAAUUCACUGUUGAGAAUCAGCAUGGAUACAUCAGUUGUACAUUAGAUACAACUUGAUAUUUUGGUUUGAUUUUACGGUGCAAAAAAAAAGUUUAAAAAAAAUUCUUAAUACAUCAUUUGUAUUUAAACACUUACAAUCAAUAUCAGCAUCACUUGAGAUAUCAUCAAAGCUUGUUAGCACAUGUAACUUUUCUCAGCCCUAGGGCAAGCCAGAUAAAUCUUAAACCAUUAAAAGAGCAGACAACUAGGUCGAGGGAAAGAAAUAAAAUGUAGUUUUGUUUAGAUUUCUCAAUCAGAGUCACAUGGGGAUGAUUGAUUAUUUUACCCGCAUCUCUACACAACAGGAAAGCCAUCAAUCAUAACAAUGUUAUUACCAGAAAAGUGUGUAGAAAUUAAACAUUAAACAAUUUGAGAGAAAAUAUGGGGACAACGUUUUAAAUAUUGAUAGUCUUUAGAGUAUUGAUCAGUUCUGUGAUUUUGGUCCAAGGAGAUAUACCAGGAAAUGUAGGCCAGCCUUUCUGUGUCUCUGGUCCAAGGAGAUAUACCAGGAAAUGUAGGCCAGCCUUUCUGUGUCUCUGGUCCAAGUAGAUAUAAAGGGAAAUGUAGGCCAGCCUUUCUGUGUUUCUGGUCCAAGUAGAUAUAAAGGGAAAUGUAGGCCAGCCUUUGUGUCUCUGGUCCAAGUAGAUAUAAAGGGAAAUGUAGGUCAGCCUUUCUGUGUCUCUGGUCCAAGGAGAUAUAAAGGGAAAUGUAGGUCAGCCUUUCUGUACAAAGACACAAAACUGUUUAAAUCUUUCUCUGGCUCAAGGAAGUAUGUGGGGUAAUAUAGACAGAUUCUUUUAUUCAUGUUGAGGGGAUAUUUGCCACAGAUAGACCUGUCUGUACAUUUCUGUGUGGAGAAAGAGUUGGAUCUGUUGGACAGUGAAGGUCAACUACAGGUGUAGACUGAAAAACAGAUGACGGAUUUAAUAUGCAAAGUGAUACUGUAUCAAGAGUCGAGGUUUCAUUGUAUAUAGGAAAGGAGUAUAUGAGAUCUUGUUAUUAAUCAUAUUUCUGUAAAAUAUUGUAGUUGCCAGUCAGUUUGAAUGAAUGCUAUAAAAAUCUACAGAAUAUAACCACCUGAUAUUAAUCAAAUUGUUUUGAUCAUUUCAAAACAUUUAAGAAGGAGAAAUCAACUCUAUAAUUGACAAUUUUGGUGAAAAAAAAUUUCUGAUCUGCUUUGGAAUUUAAAAAAAAAAUGGGGGGGAAGAGGGAGAGACCAGGCAGCAUUUUCAUCAGGUAUUACCUACCAGGGUAACCUAAGGAAAUUCCUUAACUUAAAAGUUUCUAUAGGAUUGCAUUUAAAAGGAAAACAGUGGAGGAGCUCUCUUUAAACUCUGAAAUGCUUUCCUUUAAACAAAACAAAAAACAAAAAACAAAAUUCUUAAGAAUCUGGGUCCAGCUUAAAUUGUUUAACAACAGUUUGUACUGGCCAUUGUGUACCUGUGUCACAAGUGAACACACGAUGUCUUACUAUUGUGAUCACAAGACAAUGUAUAUAUUCUUUAUAUCAAUAAUUCCCUUUCUUGCUCAAGUUGUCAUCCACAUUGGAGUGAGCUUUUGACUGAUCUCUGAUAGCUGUAGAUACGAACUGAUGACUGGAACAAACCCUAGUUUCCAUGUGUGUAAAUCCAUUUGUGCAAAUCAUCGUGAGUGUGAUAAUUGUAAUAUAAGAACUUACGUACAUGUAAUGAAACUAUUUCAGGCUUUUUUUAUUUAUUUACCAUAACAAAAUUGUUUUUAGUGUAAUGUUCAUUCAUGUAUGUAGUGAAAUCUUAACUAUUGUUAAAUGAUAUAUAAGUAUAUAUAUUAUGAUUAUGCACAUGUGCAAAAAUGAAAGAUUGUGUAAAUUGUUGAAUACUUGGAUCGGUGGUGACAUUAUUUAAAUAAAGAUAAAUAUUGAGUGAACAGUUGAAAAUAAAAGACAUGGAUUUCA